CCGAACCGUUCUGGCGAUAAAAUGCCAAAAUGGCGUCCACGAGCUUCCCUUCUUCUUCCUUGCAGGUUCUUUUUCGUGUUUUUUGGGUCAAAGUUCUUCCUGGUAGGUUCAACUUCAAGAAAUUACGAGGACCAUUUUCCAGUGGCCGGUACUUUCGCCGGAUUGUGCUCUCAAAUGUCCAAAUCGGUGCUUUGGCAUGUCUGGUGGUUGUGGUAAGCUGGGCGGAGUGUUUCAGGAUUGAAGUGUGGAGUGGUGUAUGAGGCUGGGGUGUAUAUGGCGUUGCCCAGGAAAGUUUUGUUGAAGAAGGUGAGCAAGCUUGAGUCCAAAGAGCUCGAGAAGUAUAAAAUCGAUCUGUUACAUCUUCCAGAUUUUGAUAAGCUCCUUGAUGGUGUCUACAUUGCACGGUGUCCUACACCGACCGAGUGCUUCAAUAGGAGAGAUUUGAUUCGCAUCUUCAAUGCUAUAGCGAAGGAGAUAUAUGGAAACUCAAGUGAAUGCCCCACUGUAGUGGGAUUUGGCUCGUUUGUGAUGGAUAUGUACACCACGGGAAGUGAUCUCGACCUGUCCAUCAACUUUGGAAAUCCUUCUGUUCAGUUUCCUCGAGAAAAGAAGAUACAAACUCUUAGAAAGUUUGCAAAAAAGUUUUAUUCUCUUCAAAGGAAGGGGCAUGUCACUAGCAUCCAGACUGUCAUGAGUGCGAGGGUGCCGAUUGUGAAAGUUAUUGAUUAUGGGACAAGAAUAGAAUGUGAUCUUUCGGUUGAGAAUUGGGAUGGAAUUCUGAAGUCGGAGCUUGUCCAUGUUAUUUCUGCGAUUGAUGACAGAUUUCAGAAGCUAAGUUUUCUGAUGAAAGCUUGGGCUAAAGCGAAUGGUAUUAACAGUUCCAAGGAUCGAACUCUAAAUUCUCUGUCCAUAAUAUCAUUAGUUGCCUUUCACUUGCAGACUCGCCAACCUCCUAUAUUACCUCCAUUUUCCUUGCUCUUUAAAGACGGAACUGAUCCUGCAAAUGUAAGGAAGAAUGUUGAUUCUUUUUUGAACUAUGGAAAAGGAAAUGAAGAAUCAUUGGCUCUACUCUUCGUGACACUCAUGAUUAAGCUGGCAUCAGUGGAGAAACUAUGGCAGAAAGGCCUUUGUGCCAGCGUGUAUGAAGGAUCAUGGACCUCAAAAACAUGGGAUUCUUGUUGUGGCACGAUAAGUGUCGAGGAUUUCACAGAAAGGUCUGAAAAUGUUUCGAGGGCAGUAGGAGUGGAAGAAGUCAAGAAAAUUUAUGACUGCAUCCAUCGUUCAAUUGUUGGCCUCCUUUUCUUUUUGGAUGGGAAGAUGCCAGCGCCGGAGCUAGAAGAAUUAUUAUUUGGUUCUGUUGGUGUGGCUACUCUAAAGAGUACAGAUAAAAAUGAAGCCACAACAUCAAAUUCUCCAACUGUCCAUCGCCCUGAUCAAACUAAGAAGAUGCGAUCGAGUCAUAAUUCUGAGGAAGCACAUGUUAAGAGUCAACAACAAGGACAGCAAACGACCCAAGAAUGGGGAUGGAGUGGACUGGUGAAUGGCCUGAAUUUGCAACAUGUGGCACCUUAGCCAGUUUUUGAUCAAUAUCCGGUUGAUUCAAAUUGGGAUAGUAAGAUCACUCAUUGCAUUUCUGCCCCCGUGCUGGACCCUACAGCUGUUGAGGAGUGGUGUAAUCAAGCACUACCACAACCGUAUGUUUCUCCUCAUAAUUCCCUGAGUUACGAUGCAUCUCAAGCUCAACCACGUUCUGCCAAUGUCUUGCCUUGGCCGAGCACAGAUACUCUGUACUCGGGCCAGCCACAACCUGUACGCAGGUAAGAUCAUACACUGCUUCACACCCAUUUCAGGUGAAUGGAACUCUAGCCUGCUCUGUUGAGUAUGUUGUAUCCUGUCAAAUAGCUGCCAUUUUGCAAGAAAGCUUUGUAAAGGCAACCUGUACAGUACACACAGUGACAUAAUCCUGGCUAGCCUUCUUUUCCCAGCUGAGCCGCUGGCUAAUUAAGCAGGGACGAUUUCAUGUUACCCCGAUAUUUAUAGGUACUUCAGGAGCAUCACAUCACAUCUGUUGGUAGUUCAUCUCUCUGAAUUGCCAUCUGAUAAGUAUGUGAAUCGGGUUGUUCGUCACUUCGAUAAUUGGGGUAGGUGGACCGCUUAGGGCAGCGACAUGCUUUUUCUGUAUAUCGAACAGAAGGUACAUAUUCUUGCCUUGUAUAACGUAUAACUUGGUAGAAACAAUGUGAAUUAAAGGAUUUGGUUCAUCAGAAAGAAGAAUUGUCG